UAAUUAAUAAUAUUUCAUUAUCUGAUGCCUUCUAUUAUAAUACAUGGCCCUUCUAUGAGAUCACAGAGCUGCAUCAAUAAAGCUUUGACUUCACAAAAAAAAAAAAUAGUUUAUUGCAACUCUCUGCAGUUUAAUAACAUUACAUGCCAAUGUCAAAUUACGAUCAUAAAAAUCUUGAGAAGAUGGAAUCCUUGAAAUUCUUCUUCUCUAUUUCCCUCGUCUGUUCUCUUACCUUUGCAGCAAAUGAUUGUCCAUUUUCCAUGUGUGGCAACCAGGUACUUCCUAUCAGAUUUCCCUUCAGGUUAGCAUCCCUGCAGCCGCAAAACUGUGGUUAUCCCGGCUUCGAUCUUCAUUGCAAUAGUAAAGAUUUAACGGUUCUGAACCUUCCAUCCGGGGAGUUUAUAUUGCGCAGUAUUGACUACAGGGCACAGGUUGUAGAACUUUAUGAUCCAUACAAAUGCCUCCCGAAAAGGCUUAUGGAGCUAAGUCUCUCAGGCUCACCAUUUAAGGCUGCUUACUAUCAAAACUAUACGUUCCUUAGUUGUCCACCUGAGUUCACGACAUCUCGUUUCACUUCCAUUAAUUGUCUGAGCAAUUCUACAAGUAAUACCCUGGCUACGAGUUCAAUGAAUCUUGCCAUUUCACUGAAAAUGUGUAAGAUAACUGUUACUUUGCCAAUACCUAUUUCGCGGCCCGAUCAACUUGGUGGUGAUUUUACAUCUGACCUCAGUGAUGAUCUCCAGUUGACAUGGGACAUACCUAACUGUGAUGAUUGUGAAGCAAACGGUGGUUCCUGUGCAUUUAAGAGCAGUACUAGCCAAGAGACCACAUGUUUCUAUAAUUUUCAAAGAGGUACGAAGGGUAUCUCUAUCUUCAAGAUAAUUGCCCUGUGCAUUGCCUUGCCAGCAAUUGCUGCUUCAAUGAGUAUAGCUAUCUUCAUGUGCUUUAUGGACAGAAGACGACUUGGUGGUCAUCCAAAUAAUAUACAGCAUAACUCUAAUGCAGCAGCCAUAGCACCAAUUAUGGUGAUCAGCACACCAGGCCUAGAUGAAGGAACGAUUGAAUCAUAUACCAAAGUAAUUUUGGGUGAAAGCCGGAGACUUCCGGGAACUAACGAUAUCACUUGUCCAAUAUGCUUAUCGGACUACCAUGCCAAAGAGACACUCAGGUGCAUUCCUGAGUGCCAACAUUGUUUCCAUGCCGACUGCAUUGAUGAGUGGCUUCGGCUAAAAGGUAGCUGUCCAGUUUGUAGGAAUUCACCAUCACCUGCAGGGCAUGUAUAUUCUCCUUAGGUUAGAUACGCUUAACUAAAUAUAUAGGCAAAACCAACAAAGCUAUGAACCUGAGGGCCAUAACUGCUUCAGAACUAACUAUGUAGAUAAUUGGCUUCAGCAAAAGCUUAACUGUCCUCUUUGUGUGGGUUCCUCCUCAUCUACCCGAACAAAUCCUUAAGAGUUUACACCUUAAAUGUUUACAACUUUUCCUUUAACGUAGUUUAAUUUUCUUUA